GCUGGUGACAACCGCCUCAGUUUGUGGUUGCUAGGAGGCCACGGGUGGGAUUCCCUUGUGGGACAUUUCAGCGGCGAGACACUUUUUUUUGUGAGAAGCAGCACCGGUGUUGCUGCUGUUGUCACUUGCCAUGCGUCUGGCGCUGGACCUGUCGCAUGGUAACUCCCUCAGUUUUCUGGUGUCGGCCACAGUCCAUGCCAACAGGGUGUGAGAUGGAACUUGAUGGCCUUCAAUGGAGCUGAAGACAAGUGGGCAAGUAAUCCGUCAUCAGCCCUCACCAUACGAGCCAAAUCUGCAGUGUGUCAUUCUGUGAACAGUCUAAAUGUUACUGCCCCCAGUAGCCACAAAAAGAAGCUCCCCCUUCGGUCCUCGGCUAGUGUCCCCCCGGUCUCCAGUGACUGUUUGAGUCGACUAAGUGUGAGACAGAGUCAUACUCAGAAGAACCAAUUCCAUGGUGUCUCAGGGACCCCUCUACAAAGUGCCUACCUUUUUCUGCCCAGAGCCACUGUCAUAGCUAACAAGCCACAGCGUCCUAGCAACGCAGGUGAUAACGCAGCCAAUCGACUUAGUAAUGGUCACUGUCAGCCAAGCACUCCAGCCACUAAGAAAACAACUGUGCAACUGUCCAGGUCUGACAUUAUCGCCUACACGCAUAAACCUGGUGUGUUGAAGCCAAUUAUACACAGCUCUCAACCUGGCUGGAACUUGGACUCGCUGAAGUUACGCUCACGGAUCCUGGCCCGCAAAAGAGCCUUGUCACCACACCCUGCUGUCUGUCCCUCCUCGCCAAAGGCAGAGUGCGUUCCAGAGUCACAACCGGGCAGUGUGGCACCACGGCCCCCUGAGGGAACUGCCGCCGCCAUGCCCACCAACCAGUCAGUCCCUUGGGCCACUGGCAAGCUGAGAGACAACCGGAAGAGUGUCAUGAGGCCUGACCCGGGGAAUGUGCCUUCACAGUCCAGCCUGGAGUCUGCUCAGACUAGAGGCUCAGCGGGUCCAUUGUACCCCCUGAUCCAGGCAGCCUCCUAUUGCUAUGUGGGGGACAAUGGGGACGGUAAAGCCCGGACAGAGUUCACAGACACCCCCCACCUCACCUCCGCUGUGCCUUCAUGGGACGGUUCGUCCUCCCACCGUGACGUGACCCUGGAUCAGAUCUGGAAGCUCCAGGGACAGCGUCAGUCCGAGAGCCUGAUCGUGGUGGAGGCUGAUCAGCCCCAGAAGCCGGGGUGUUGUGCUGCUGGAGUUCCCCAUAAAACGCGGACCGAACGGACCCCCAGAGUCUGCUCUGAGGUGGGGUUCACUCAGGCCGUAAGGAAGCUGACAGGGACUCGGAGAGCGGUCAGUGCAGCCCCCCAAUGGCCCAGGUUGGGGACAAUUAACAGUCAGAUUUCAGUAACUGGGGGGUCCGGGGUGGACCUGGUUAAGCUGGGCAAAGCCCUGGCCACUAGCUCUUACCCAGUCUGCCAAAACCAUUCUCCAGCAGUACGUUCCGCAGCGCUCAGCCUUACUGAGAUGGAGCAGACGUUUGAGCCUGCUGUGGUGACUACGGAGACCACAUGCUCCUCCGGCACAGGAAGUAACGCCACACCAAACGCUACGGUAGCCUGCAGGGCAGUGCCGUCCCAAGUCUUGGUAACUCCAACCCGUUUCCCCAACCACAUUAGUGCCAGUCAAAAUUCUACUGCCAAUGCCACCUCAGACAAUACUGAGGGGAGUCCCAGGCCUUCGGUCACCACGGUGACCACCCAGAUAUCUGCCAUAGACCUGACCCAGGAGAGGAGGGUCCAGUGUCUGGAGAUGAACCACAGUCCAUCCUGCGCCUCACCAUCCCUGGACGAGGAGGAAGUGGACCUGGUGGUUGAGUCAUUUGAGCUCCCAAGUAGGCCAGAAAGUGUUGCUAUCCAAGAGGACGUAGACCGAGAGAACUCCCCUGAUGAUGACAAUGACUGCAGUGUCGGUGAUGAUGAUGAUGAUGAUGAUGAUGAUGGGAGUGAUGAGUCAGACGGCUCUGACUGCUCCUCGGUUAAUGAUGCCCUUUCCACAGCUUCCAUGGCGGCCCUGUCAAAUGUAGCUGAUGAGGAGCUGAUGAGUCCUGAACCAGAGGAGGGGAGGGAGUUGAAGCCAGCCCUCAUCCCCAGCCUGUUUCCCCUCAGGCCUCCCACAUUGUACUUCAGCACUGCCGAUCAGCGGGUGGAGCCCCUGCCUCCAGACCAGAGGAAGCUGCUGAAAUGGAAGAUGAGCUCGGUGACUCCGAACGUAGUCAAACACACCAUUGCCAGGUCCCACUUCAAAGCCACCAAGAAAAGCCAUGAUUGGCUUGGCUGCUGGGGUCACCAUAUGAAGUCCCCUGGAUUCAAGGCCAUCCGAGAAUACCAGAAGUUGAACCACUUUCCUGGUUCGUUCCAGAUUGGCCGCAAGGACCGCCUGUGGAGAAACCUGUCCAAGAUGCAGGCUCAGUUUGGCAAGAGGGAGUUUGGCUUCUUCCCCCGGUCCUUCGUUCUCCCUCAGGACAUCAAGUUACUCAGGAAAGUCUGGGAGGACAGCGGUAGCAGGCAGAAAUGGAUCAUCAAGCCGCCUGCGUCUGCUCGGGGAAUCGGGAUCCAGGUGAUUCACAAGUGGAGUCAGAUGCCCCGCAAGCGACCCCUGCUGGUGCAGAAGUAUCUCCACAAGCCCUACCUCAUCGCCGGCAGCAAGUUUGACCUGCGUGUUUAUGUCUACGUGUCUUCGUACGACCCGCUGCGUGUUUACGUCUUCCAGGACGGGCUCGUCCGCUUUGCAAGCUGCAAGUAUUCAUCUUCCAUGAAAAGCCUUGGCAACAAGUUCAUGCAUCUGACCAACUACAGUGUGAACAAGAAGAACUCUGAGUACCAGAACAAUGACAGUGACAAGGCCUGUCAGGGACACAAGUGGGCACUGAAGGCCUUGUGGCACUACCUGGGCUCCAAGGGAGUUAACACAACUCUGAUCUGGGAGAAGAUCAAGGACAUUGUCAUCAAGACCAUCAUAGCGUCUGACCCAUAUGUCAACACGUUGGUGAAGAUGCACCUGCGAUCUCCCUACAGUUGUCAUGAGCUGUUUGGCUUUGACAUCAUGCUGGAUGAGAACCUGAAGCCCUGGGUCUUAGAGGUCAACAUAUCGCCUAGCCUCCACUCCAACACUGCGCUGGAUGUGGCCAUUAAGGGUCAGAUGAUCCGAGACGUCUUGAACCUGGCCGGGUUCGUUCUGCCCCAGAGAGAAGAUAUGCUUCCCUCCAGUAGCUCUGCCAGUAGUUCCACCAGCAGUUUGUGUGGAGGAACCAGGGAGAAAUCCAGACUGGACAUUUCUACUGAUGAGAAGGUCAAACGGGCGUUCUACCUGAGCCAGCGCUUCGCAGACCAGGAGCUGUUCUCAUCCAUCCUGGAUGUGUUGACUCCAGAGGACGUGCGUGUCCUGGCUGACACGGAGGACGAGCUGAGCCGGAGGGGCCAGUUUGAACGCGUGUUCCCCUCCAACAGCUCGUCACGUUACCUGCGCUUCUUCGAGCACCCCCGCUACCUCAACAUCCUCCUGAGCCAGUGGGAGACCAAGUAUGGACAGAACAAGACCAAAGGGAUCAAUAUACUGAGGACUCUGUGUCAGAGAGGAGUUCACUUAGGUACCAAUGACCCUGCACACAAGUGGUCCAAGCCACACUACCUUCCUACCACCAGUCAGGAGCCAAGCAGACCAAGUGUGGUGGUUAGCCUGAGGAGGAGGUCCCAACCAGACCAAGAUGAGGACUGUUUUGACCGGGAGGUGCAGUCUGUCACCUCCUCCCUCCCAGACAUCAGUCUCCUUGGCUCCUCAACCUCCCCCUCCCCAACCCCCAGCCCCAGUUUGGCCAGCCCUGCACCCAGAGAUUAUGUAUGAGGUUCAGAGGGUUGGAUAACCUGUAUGAGGUUCAGAGGGUUGGAUAACCUGUAUGAGGUUCAGAGGGUUGGAUAACCUGUAUGAGGUUCAGAGGGUUGGAUAACCUGUAUGAGGUUCAGAGGGUUGGAUAACCUCCCUGGACAUAUGGUACUCAGAGCACUGCCACACUGUUCACCAGACCCCCAGGCUUCCAAAGCAACCGCAGACCCUCAUUCACAUAGUGGGAAGGGAUGUUUCCCUCACCCACACACACACCCACCCACAUACACACACCCCACCACACACACCCCCACCCAAACACACGGCCAACGUAUACAC